AGCCAAAAUGAUUCCACGGUCAACUGUCAACCAUUAGGGGCUACGAUUGGGACGACGAGCUCUUGCCAUGCCAUGCCGGUUGCCAUUGGUGGAGAUAGCCUCGUCCGUUCGUGCAAGUGCCAUCAUUCCGCAACGCGUGCUAUCCUGCCGCGCCGCCGGCAGGCUCGCCACUAGGGUUGGUCAAGUCAACGGCACGGCCGAGGAGAUGAGCGACACCGGAAAGCGGUGCGUGCGGCGUUCCUCCCGCCGACGCGACGUGCGGUGCGCGGCCGCGGCCGAAGAAACGGCGGAUUCGGACGGGUCGCUUCGCUGGUGAGAAUGCAGCAGCUAGUUGCCGUUGAGGCACAUGCACACUUCCGUAAUCCACUAAUCCGCACGCGGCGGCGAAGUCCAACGAGGAGGGCCGGCCCCGGCGGCGCCCGGGGACCACCCGAGAGAUGCCCCCCACCUCGUUGCGGGGCCCUAGCGCAGGGAGGCAUGCAUCGGCUCCCGGCAUCUUCUUUCUACUGGGCGCGCUGGCCCAGCCCGUGCCCAACUCCCGAGAAUGGCCGGGCGGGACGGCGCCACCCGACGUCGACGUCGCCGUCGCGCUGCCUCCUCGCGGACGCAAAGACAACAUAGAGAGAUAGAGAGAGUUGAAAGGUGCAAAGGCGGGGCUGGCGAGUGCCGAUUCCGCGCAAUCCUAGUUGCUCUUUGCUCCUGUCGUCCUCCCGGUCUUUCUCAAGUUUCCCUUCGGCUUUCGCCACUUAAUUCAUGUGUUACCUGGCCAUUACGGGUGGCUUAAAGCGACGCUAAAAGAUUUGCAUCAGGCAUGGCCUGGCACAUAAACAACCGCAGCAUCCCGGGUGGUGGCUGGUGCGGGGCGAUUAGGAAUCCAGAGCGGCCCCGCGGUGACGCAUGAUUCUUUCCGUGCAGGCUUUCCUAGCUCUCCCACCUUCCGCAAACGGGUCCUAUCUGGCUGACCACGCGAACCCGCCACCCCCCAACCGGUCAAUUCGUCCAGCUCCAGCCACUCGAUCAGCAUGCCGGGAUCCGAAUUCGGAGCCUCUCCUUUUACCGAUUCCCUCUUCUUCUUCCUCCAGUCCCCGCACCCCUCUCCCCGCCUUCGAUUACGCCACGAUAAAAUAGCUAAACUACUAGCAUGCGAGUGGGCGUGUCCAUGUGAUUGUUCAGCGUCCAGAGAUAGGUUCAGAUGACACGAGCAAUUAUUUUUCGCUAAGACGUCGAGAUAGGCAGCAGAGCAGACAGCCCGCGCGCGGAAUUGAAUUACUAGUCGGAUUAGGUGGGCAACCACGGAGUUGAGCGCGCGAUGGAGAAGGGGAGCAGCGGGCCGUCCUGCCGCGCCGCCAUCUGUGGCAUCGUCGUGCUCCUCUGCGCCGUCGCCUUCUCCUGCUCCCUCGCCGCGGAAUUCCGCAAGGUCAAGGAGAAGGACAUGAAGCUGGACGGCAGCCUCUGCUCGCUGCCCAGGAGCUCCGCGUUCGAGCUGGGCGUCGCCGCCAUCGCCUUCCUCUUCGUGGCGCAGCUCGUGGGCACCACGGCGGCGGUGAGCACCGCGUGCGCCGCCGAGCCCAAGAAGAGGCAGAGCUCCGCCGCCCGAGGGCGCGUCGCGUUCGUCGCCCUCCUGGCCCUCUCAUGGCUGAGCUUCGCGGUGGCCGUGGUCCUGCUGGCGACGGCCGCGAGCAUGAACCACGGGCAGCGGUACGGGCGCGGGUGGCUGGACGGCGACUGCUACGUCGCCAGGAGCGGCGUGUUCGGCGGCGCGGCGGCCCUGGUCGUCGUCACGGCGCUCAUCACCCUCGGCCUCACCUUCGCGACCGAAUCGGCCGCGGGGGCCAUGGCGACAACGCCCGCGUCGUCACCGGCGACGCGCGCGAGGAUACGUGUCGACGCGGCGUCGGCGGACGCGGAACAACCGGGCGGGCGAUCCAGGCAAUGAGGCAAGCAGGCAGGCAGGCUGGCAGUGGCAGGGGCGCGGCGCGGGGCGGGCCAACCGGAGGCGGCGGGUGAGCGGCAACGCUCGUUCCGGCUGCAAAAGGCCACGCCCGCGUGGACAACGGAAAGUGGCAGGCGCUCGCCGCCGGACCCGACGGGUGGGACCGCGGGGGGGCGGAUGGAUUAUGGAUAUACCGCUGGUUGGUUGGAUAUUUAGCAGCCGCGACAGAGGGUACAUACAUUACCGUUUACUGUCCUCUUACUGACACGAUCGUCUAACAUGUAAAUGACGCUAAGCGAUCAUUGCAAAAAAAAAAAUUGCAAAGAUAAACCAUACGGAAAUUACCACUUUGUUACAGCUGAGUGUUGAGUGUUUGUGUGCAUGUGCACCAACCUGGUGCUAGUGGUGGUGGGGAAUGGGCAUGUUCAGCCUGGCGCCUUGAUUGGAUGACCUGGACACUGUACUGUGAUUGGUGACAAUAAUACUACAUUGAAAAUUUGAAAUGAUCAAA